AGCUAGGCAACAUAGAGUAGAAGCCAGAUGUUAUAUAAACUGUUACAACACAGUGAUUACCAGCAAAAAUUAUUCUUUUCUAUGGUUUUAUUUAGUUACGAUGUAGCCACUAUCACUUGGCCUGUCUCUAUGUUUAUAUCCGCCGCCUCCGCGGUCUCGGAUGCUAAACAAUUGAAUACUUCGUGCUGGACCGCGCAUUUAUAUAUAUUUACCAACCAAAACAAAUCAUCUGACAAUGAGUCGUCGUCGAUUGCAAAAUGUGUGCUUUCCGUCUCAAAGUUUACUUUAUUUCGUCCUAGCUGUGCUGAACAAACGAUACAUCUAAAGAUGAAUGCUGUUAUGGCAUUGUGCCAUUUCUGUGAGCUGCACGGUCCCAGCAUCCUUUUCUGUACUCAAGCAUUUCAUGCAGAUGAUCCUCAAGAUGUGCUGGACGGUAAAGUGAAGAAAAUGUCUUACUACCCUUGGAACCGGUCCAGAUCCUCCAGCACAGGCUCUGCUUCAUCCCAUGGUGGCAUUGGCAAAAACCCAAAGACAGAACUCUGUGAAGCCUGUAGGUCAUUUCAACCUGGUCAGCCAGGCCUUAUCAGUACCGAUCAUGAAGCACACAUCAGCUAUGUUAGCAUGCAGUAUCCAGACCAGCCUCUACUGUUUAGUAUUGUACGCCAGGCUUGUGUGAGGAGCCUCAGUUGCGAGGUUUGCCAGGGGCGUGAGGGCCCAGUUUUCUUUGGCGAUGACGACCAAGGAUACGUGUUCAGCUACACUUUUUUCGUGAAAGACAGUAAAGCUCGUGGAUUUCAGCGUUUCUACAGUAUUAUCGUGGUCAUGAUGGACCGAAUCUACCUCCUCAAUUCUUGGCCAUUCCUUGUUAAAAAUGUCCGCGCAUUGAUCAAGGAACUGCAAACAAAAGGUGCGAAAGUUUACGAGCAAGAACAGCCUCAGAAGUCGCUGAGAAUGAACCAAGAAUUUUUCAACAAUGAUCAGUUUUUCCGUCGACGUGGUGGUAGCACUUACAGAUCGUUGAUAGAUUUAACGGACGAUAAGAACCUGUUUCGGUAUAUACACAUGACGUUAACAUGGAUAUUAAAAACAGGUGGUAGCCGCAUUGUGGAGAAAGUGCUGCAAGGUCCACCAAAAGAAGAAACUGUUGUAGAUUUAGAUAAAGUAAAAGAGACUGAAGAUGGUUUUAUAAUGGUUGACACAAAGGUAAAAGAAGUAGAGGAGACAGAAUCACCCCCAAAUGAGGAGUUACUUCAGCAUGUACCAAUUGAAUUGGCUAACCCACUAGUUGUAGAAGAACCCUGUAAUGAUAAUGGACCUGUCUUCACGUCAUUACGUGACCUUAGAAAUGUACUCGGAAGCUUAAAUUUCCAUGACUUAGCUCAUCAUGUUUUAAUCGGAAAUCAAAUAAUUGUGAGGUCUCAGCAUUUCAACACAAUUAAUUCAUUACUAGAUAUUCUAAAGAGUAUACUACCAAAUGGUUGUUGUAAAGUAGUCUCAUUCAGUGAGAACUACCAACCCUCAUGGACGUGCAAUUUCCUCGGCCUUCCUCCGUUUACCGGUCUCCCUCCACACGUCAUCGAAAACGAACAGUACAUUCUACUGGACAUCCUGUCACCCGAUAUGUGUCCGACAAACUCUAAUAGAUUGUGCGUGAGCAAAGAUAGUCCGUUCCAUGGUUACGGCAUCAACAUGACGAGCAGUCGACCUUUGCCAGAUAAAGGACCAACCAUUUUAGCUAAGAUAGAGAGUAUCCUAGAUAGCACUCACUUCACACCUGAGGUUGUGAGAACGUAUCUGAUCUGCUUACAAGAAGAAUGGAUGAACAAAGUAAAGGUUGUUUACAAGUUUAGUCGAUCAGGCACAGGAAGUGAAGAAGAGAUGGAGCGUCUUCUAAAGAUAAUGAAGACAGAGGAGUCAGAUAAGCAACUCCUAAAAUUCUGGCAAACCGGGCUCAGCAGACAGUAUCGGUCUCACUUGCUCACAUCAAACAUUGCUACCCAUUCAUAAAGCUCUGUACACACUAUCAAAUUUUCUUUGACAAAAAACUGUUGUAUGCCCAUAUAUAGUCAUGAUGUGCCCAUAUAUAGUCAUGAUGUGCCUAUAUAUGGUCAUGAUGUGAUGUCAUCAUGACCAUAUUUAGGCAUGUCACAUACUCUAAAAUUUUAUGUUUAAAAUAUCUGUGUGAUUUGCCAAUAUAUGGGUGUGAUUAUGACAUCAUCAUGCCUAUAUAUCACACACAUUUAUUACAUGAAACUUGACAGAGAUUAAACCCCCCCCCAGCCCCCAUUCUCGCCCAUGGGCUCAUUUACAUCCUGUAUACAGUUAAACUUGCCUAAGUCGACUUUGCCUAAGUCGAAUAAUUUCUAAGUCAAUUUAAUUUUACAUGCCAAAUUGUUGUGUUUUCCAUUUAUUAACAAUCUGUAAGUUGAAUUUUAUUUAAGUCGAACAAUAUUUCAAGGGCAUUUUGGAUUCGACUUAGGCAAGUGCAGCUGUAGUUAGCACUGUAAUAUGCAUGAUUUACAUGGGAAGAGUAACAUUAUUGAGCAGUGUCUUACAAAUUGUAUGCUAUACUUCUGAAGGAACCUAUCCACUAAGACAUGAUUGACACAUAAGCAAAGCAUACCAUUUAAGAUAGACUGGGCUACUAAUUGCCCUAGGCUACUACAUGCCCUAAGUACUGUACAGUAAUGUUAUUGUGUUAAUGUUAAUCACUGUGCAUUAUCCUACAAUAAACUUAUUAUUAUCUUUAUAUUUUAUGCUUCUCAAUGAUAAUUAAAAAUAAGAUGUAGAAAUAAUGUAAUUAUGUAACUUAUUAGAAUAAAGAUUUAUUUGAAUGUCAGUGAUAAGAGUGAGCCGUGAGCAAGUGCAUGGCUCACCCCAUAAUUUAAAACAAUGAAUAAUAUAUUUUUUGUGGAUAUAGUACAGUAUAUGCUAAGUCCAGAGAUAAAUUUUGUUUCACUGUCUAUAAUUGUCUAUUAAAGCUUAAAUACAUUAAGAAUAAUAUUGGAAUACAGUAGAACCCCUCCUUUGGGACAUCCCUAUUAAGGGGAGACUUUUUCGGCUACAAAACAUAGGGAAAGUAUAUCUGUUAACACUACGGAUAACCCCUAUUCAGGUGGCACGCCUAUUCAAUUAAUUGAUACUCAUACCUGGUGGUGCCAGGAUUUACCAGAGGGGGGAUUUUCCCAAUGAAAAAGUGGGCAUGGUCGAGCGUAGCUCAAAAUCUCUCGAAAGUGUUCCAUAGGGAUAUAUGACAAUUUAGGAGUUUUAAAUGCUUAUUUAAUUGAUUUUGGGUCUACUAAUAUGUAGAAAAUACAUACACAUUUUUUUCCCUCCCUAACAAAUUGUGGUUUCUCUCCCCGACGGGGGGGGGGGGUCCCUGGCAACCCCGCUGGUGCAUGUUCACACUUUUUUUCUUCCCUGGAGUUGUCCGCCAGGGGUUUAAUGGUAUACUGAUUGCCAGUCAGAAAACUUGCCUUUGGAACCUGAGAGACAAAGUAAAAUUAUAUAGAUGUUCAGUGGCAGAUUCAAGGAGGGAGGGAGGCUGGCCCUUAUCCCGCUAAAUUUCCCAAAAUAAAAUUUUAAAAAUGGAGAAAGAAAGAAAAUUGUAUUCAAAUUUUACCGCUGAGAGUGCUAUUUCCAGCCAUCUACAGGUGCCAUAAUCAUCAGUGUUCUUACCUGAUCCCCAACCAUUUAUGAAGAUCCCUCCCUGGCCCCCUUCUAUUUCAAAUUAUUGGAUCUGAAACUGACAUUAUUUUAUAAACAGUUCACAAUGAUUAUGGAGAAUUGAUUAAAUACAACAGUAUUAUGAA